GUUUCUGUCCUAGGAGCUGAAACAUGAAAACAUCGUGGCUCUGUACGACUUCCAGGAAAUGGCCAAUUCCGUCUACCUGGUCAUGGAGUACUGCAACGGCGGAGACCUGGCUGACUACCUACACACCAUGCGGACACUGAGCGAGGACACCAUCCGACUCUUCCUGCAGCAGAUCGCAGGCGCCAUGCGGCUGCUGCACAGCAAGGGCAUCAUCCACCGAGACCUGAAGCCCCAGAACAUCCUGCUGUCCAACCCUGGUGGGCGCCGCGCCAACCCCAACAAUAUCCGUGUCAAGAUUGCUGACUUUGGCUUCGCCCGGUACCUGCAGAGCAACAUGAUGGCAGCCACACUCUGCGGCUCCCCCAUGUACAUGGCCCCUGAGGUCAUCAUGUCCCAGCACUACGACGGGAAGGCAGAUCUGUGGAGCAUUGGCACCAUUGUGUACCAAUGCCUGACGGGGAAGGCACCUUUCCAGGCCAGCAGUCCCCAGGACCUUCGGCUCUUCUAUGAAAAGAACAAGACCCUGGUGCCCAUCAUCCCCCGAGAAACCUCGGCCCCACUAAGACAGCUGCUGCUGGCCCUGCUGCAGCGCAACCACAAGGACCGCAUGGACUUCGAUGAGUUUUUCCGUCACCCUUUCCUCGACGCCAGUGCUUCCGUGAAGAAGUCCCCGCCUGUGCCUGUGCCCUCCUACCCGAGCUCCGGCUCUGGCAGCAGCUCCAGCAGCAGCUCCACCUCGCACCUCGCCUCCCCACCCUCCCUGGGGGAGAUGCAGCAGCUGCAGAAGACACUGACCUCCCCAGCCGAUGCCGCCGGCUUCCUGCAGGGCUCCCGGGACUCAGGCGGCAGCAGCAAGGACUCGUCCUGCGACACCGAUGACUUCGUCAUGGUCCCGGCCCAGUUUCCAGGUGAUCUGGUGGCCGAGGCAGCCAGUGGCAAGCCCCCGCCGGACAGCCUGAUGUGCAGUGGGAGCUCACUGGUGGCCUCAGCUGGCCUGGAGAGCCACGGCCGGACCCCAUCUCCAUCUCCGCCCUGCAGCAGCUCCCCCAGCCCCUCUGGCCGGGCCGGCCCGUUUUCCAGUAGCAGGUGUGGAGCCUCUGUCCCCAUCCCGGUGCCCACGCAGGUGCACAACUACCAGCGCAUCGAGCAGAACCUGCAGUCGCCCACCCAGUACCAGACCCCACGGUCCUCCGCGAUUCGCAGGUCUGGCAGCACCAGCCCUCUGGGCUUUGCACGGGCCAGUCCAUCACCCCCAUCCCAUGCUGAGCACGGAACCGCCCUGGCCAGGAAGCUCUCCCUGGGCGGAGGCCGGCCCUACACGCCGUCUCCACAGGUUGGAACCAUCCCUGAGCGGCUGGGCUGGAGCGGGGUGCCCUCCCCACAAGGAGCCGAGAUGCGGGGUGGCAGGUCCCCUCGUCCAGGCUCCUCCAUGCCCGAGCACUCGCCCCGUACCGCUGGGCUGGGCUGCCGCCUGCACAGUGCCCCCAACCUGUCCGACCUGCACAUGGUCCACUCCAAGCUGCCUAAGCCACCCACGGACCCGCUGGGGGCUGUGUUCGGACACCCACAGGCCAGCCCCCCGCAGCCAUCCCACGGGCUUCAGUCCUGCAGACCCCUGCGUGGCUCGCCCAAGCUGCCUGACUUCCUGCAGCGGAAUCCCUUGCCUCCCAUCCUGGGCUCCCCCACCAAGGCCACGCCCGCAUUUGAAUUCCCAAAGACCCCCAGCUCCCAGAACCUGCUGACCCUCCUGGCCCGGCAGGGCGUGGUCAUGACGCCACCUCGGAACCGCACGUUGCCUGACCUCUCAGAGGCAGGUCCCUUCCAGGGGCAGCAGCUAGGCCCUGGCUUGAGGUCCACAGAGGACACCAAGGGCCCCUUUGGCAGGUCCCUCAGCACCGGCCGCCUCACAGAUCUGCUCCUUAAGGCCGCCUUUGGGACACAGGCCCCUGACUCGGGCAGCUCUGACAGCCUGCAUGAGAAGCCCAUGGAAAUCGCGCCCUCUGCUGGCUUUGGAGGGACCCUGCAGCCAGGCGCCCGCACUGGGGGGGCCAGCAGCCCUUCCCCUGUGGUGUUCACUGUGGGCUCGCCCCCCAGUGGGGCUACGCCACCCCAGAGCCUACGCACUAGGAUGUUCUCAGUGGGCUCCUCAAGCUCCCUCAGCUCCGCCGGCUCUGCCUCCGCCCGCCACCUGGUGUCUGGGGCCUGCAGUGAGGCUGCCCCUGAGGUCCUGGCCCCUGGCCACUGCUGCAGCUUUGCUGACACUGUUGCUGCCAACCUGGAGGGGGCUGUGACCUUCGAGGCCCCUGAUCUCCCCGAGGAGACGCUCAUGGAGCAAGAACACACGGAGAUCCUGCAUGGCCUGCGUUUCACACUCGUGUUUGUCCAGCACGUCUUGGAGAUUGCCACCCUCAAGGGCAGCGCCAGUGAGGCAGCCAGGGGCCCCGAGUACCAGCUCCAGGAGAGUGUGGUGGCCGACCAGAUCAGCCUGCUGAGCCGCGAGUGGGGCUUUGCAGAGCAGCUGGUGCUUUACCUGAAGGUGGCCGAGCUGCUGUCCUCAGGCCUGCAGACCGCCAUCGACCAGAUCCGGGCUGGCAAGCUCUGCCUGUCGUCCACCGUGAAGCAGGUGGUGCGGAAGCUGAAUGAGCUGUACAAGGCCAGCGUGCUGUCCUGCCAAGGCCUGAGCCUGCGGCUGCAGCGCUUCUUCCUGGACAAGCAGCGGCUCCUGGACCGCAUCCAGAGCGUCACCGCUGAGAAGCUCAUCUUCAGCCACGCCGUGCACACGGUGCAGUCAGCGGCCCUAGAUGAGAUGUUCCACCGCCGGGAGGACUGCGUCCAGCGCUACCACAAGGCCCUUCUGCUCAUGGAGGGACUGCAGCAGCUUCUCUCAGACCAGGCGGACGUGGAGAACAUCGCCAAGUGCAAGCUGUGCAUUGAACGGAGACUCUCGGCCCUGUUGACUGGGCCCUGCUGACCGGCGUGUGUGCCUGACCUCCCGGGAGCCUGCCUGCUGUGCCCCGCGGCUGGACCUUUUCUGGAGAUCCCAUGGGUGGGCUGCAAGGGACAAGUCUGCAGCCUGGGUACUGCUCCCUGGUGCUGGGCAAGGACAGUCUCCCGGCCGUGCGGCGAGAGCUUGUCUCCAGCCAUGUCUGUUUCCUGGGCUCUGGCUGGCACCCGAGGGCCUGCACAGAACCUCAACCCAGUCUGGUCCCCGGCUGCCUCCAGGGUGGUGGGGAGGUGUGGGCAUCCCCCCACCCUGGCCACGCCCAGCACAGCCCUGCUGAGGACAAGCAGGGGCCCACUCAAGCCAAAGCCUCCACACCUGCCCGGGGCCUGCCCAGGAAAAGGUUCAGGCUGCUGGCCCCUCUCCUUCCCUGAGACCACCACCCAGCUUUGUGAAAUCACCGAGCACUUUAUGCAGGCGGACUGGCCCCAGGACUGCCUGCCAGCCCUGGCUGUCGCACCAGGGGCACGUGUACACACCGUGUACAUAUAUACAUAUAUACAUAUAUACAUAUACACAGCCUGCUGUGCCGCUCCCCGGCCCUCGGGGAGACACAGCAUCUUAUUUAAAUGUUCUUUAGGGACACACAGUACGACGCACCGAGCUUUCUAAACCCAGAGCAGACGUGGCAGUCUUUCACACUUGACUCAGAAAAUGUGUCUUAUUUUUCUGCAGCUCUUUUUUUGUUUAAAGAAGAAAACUUAUAGAUGUUUAGAACGUUUGUUUUGGAAGGGUGGAGGGGACAUGGCAGGCACACGUGCCUGCAUGGCUGGCUGUCCUGCUGCCCCACCCUGUUAGGGUAUCGGGACCCCUGCCACAAAGACAGGUGAGGGGAGAGUGUUUUGUGCAAAAACCUCCCCAUCCAGCUUUCUCAGUAGGUUUUGAUGUCGAAUCCCUCCUCUCCUUUCCCCCACCAGGUCCUGGCCGCCAUCAGAGGGGUCAGAAAGGUCCACCUUCUGGGCUCCAGGGGGCUUCCCUGGUCUGCCCAGCCCCCUUGAGUGUAUCCCCAGAGUGCAGAGCAACCCGGGUGAGCCCAGGCACCUGGCCAGGGGUUAAGGUCUACACCACAGACCCAGUCAGAGGUCUAUGUGUGUAUCUUUGCAAUACUACUUGAAUAUUGCCCUGUUCUUGGACUUAGAAGAAGCCCUGUGACUUUAUUUUUUCCUUGCUGCACAGGACAUGUUCCUAUUUAUUGCUUUAUGGUCGGCUGACUCCAUGGGAGGAGCCUCCUUCCCAGCCCCUCAGUUAGUGGCACCGAGCGUGUCCCGUGGGCCUCCUGGUAUGUACUGCCAGCCGACCCUGCUCUCCAGGAGACAGUACUCGACUGUCUACUUCAAAGGAAUUUGUGUGAUUCCCUCCCCCCAGUUGUGUUAAAUUGUGUAACAUCAAUUUAAGGAAAUAAACCUUUGGAAUUGUUGAGUUGC